UCUGGUCUUUGAGGGCUCUCUUUACUCAUGGUGCACAGAUAUACAUGCAGGCAAAUCACACAUUCACAUAAAAUAAAAAUAAAAUGAAGACGUGUCCCCCCCAGCUGGCCCGGCAGGACUCUCCUUGCAGCGGCAGCCGUGGGUGCAGAGUCCGAGCUGCGGCGGCACGAGUCAUGGCUGGACAGGCUUUCAUAAAGUUUCUCCUGCUCUUUGACAGAGUAUUGGUUGAAAGGAGUGCCGCCGAAACCAUGACCAAAGGUGGUAUCAUGCUUCCGGAAAAGUCUCAAGGAAAAGUAUUGCAUGCGACAAUAGUGGCUGUGGGAUCAGGCGCCAAAGGCAAGCGUGGAGAGAUUGAGCCAGUCAGUGUGAAAGUCGGAGACAAAGUUCUUCUCCCAGCCAAAGUAGUUCUAGAUGACAAGGAUUACUUCUUAUUUAGAGACGGUGACAUUCUUGGAAAGUAUGUGGACUGAAAUCACUGUUGCAAUGAUGUCACAUGAAGCUGCCCAUUCCGCUGACGGUCUGAACUAUUCAUCACGUAAAUAAUUUCCAUGCCUCCCUUUUAUAAUAAACUGAUAACGGCCCCCCCAAAAAAAAUAAAAAAUAAAAAAAAUGAAAAAAACAAUGUAAAGAAAGCAUCUUAGCAGAUGAGAAAGAUCUGUCUCGGCCAUGACACUGAGCUUUUCAAACACUUCAUAGAUCUAGAGAUUAUGGCAUUCAAAAGUUUUGAUAACUUGGAAUUCUGUUGACAUGAGCCACAAUUGCUUCUGGCAGCACUGAUCUACUCCUGAGAGAAUGUUGGGCUUCUAAGACACUCCAUUUGGAAGUUGGUCAUCUUCUUGGCACAAGAUGGCCUGCUGGGCAAAGAACUGCCCUUGCCUCAACUGCUGACAGUAUAC